CAAGAUCUGAUUUGGGAUCAGCCAGUAAGUAUGAGCUCAUUCGGACUUUUAAUUUGGGUGGAGAAAUUACGCCGCCACCUGGACCGCUGCCUUCUCUACACUGCAGUUGCCACCUCUGGACUUAACGUCUGGUACUAAAAGGUGUCAGCAGGACUUUAAAGAAAAUUGAGCAUACGGUGUACGCCUGAGCUGAAGCUCCGCCAAAGAAAAAACAAUAACAGAACCGACGCAUCGUUUCCUGUCCGACUUCAGCAGUGGACGCUGCCUCCAUUGUCUAGAGUCAGACUGCACGUGGUCUGGAUGCUCUAAUCCAGGACUGGGGUUAGUUCCUGCUUCUCCUUUUCCCUCCCCUCCCCCCUCCCGCUCCCCUCUCUCAACCUUCACAACUGGAGUCCAGACCGGGACCAGAGUCCUUAUUGGUGAUCCCCCUUCAGGUGGAUGAAUGAAGACUCCAUUCAAGAGUCCGGCGUCCCCGCGGCCCAGAGCGGACGGGGGACAUUCUGGUGUUUCUGCAAACAUGAUGAAGAAGAGGAACCCGCACAAGAAGCAGAGGACCAGUGUUGGACCCAGUAAGUCUCUGACCCCGCCCAGAAGGAACAUCGUUGGCUGCAGGAUCCAGCACAUCUGGAAGGAGGGCAGUAAGUCCUCCCAGUGGAAGGGGACGGUUCUGGACCAGGUACCGGUGAACCCGUCUCUCUACCUGAUCAAAUACGACGGUUUUGACUGUAUUUACGGUCUGGAGCUGUUCAGCGACGAGCGAGUGAUCGGCCUGGAGGUUCUGGCCGACCGAGUGGCGCCGGCCCGUGUCACCGACUCGAUGCUGGCGGAGACGAUGAUUGGGAAGGCGGUGGAGCACAUGUUUGAGACGGAGGACGGGCCGAAGGAGGAGUGGAGAGGCAUGGUUCUGGCCCGAGCCCCCAUCAUGACGACCUGGUUCUACAUCACCUACGAGAAAGACCCGGUUCUGUACAUGUACCAGCUGCUGGACGACUACAAGGAGGGAGACCUGAGGAUCAUGCCCGAGUCCAAUGACGGCGUGCCAGCCGAGCGGGAACCUGGCGAGGUGGUGGACAGUCUGGUGGGGAAGCAGGUGGAGUACGCCAAAGAGGACGGCGGGAAGCGGUCAGGAAUGGUGAUCCACCAGGUGGAGGCCAAGCCCUCCGUCUACUUCAUCAAGUUCGACGACGACUUCCACAUCUACGUCUACGACCUGGUCAAGACCUCCUAGGACCACAGAGACUCGCUGAGACCCGACCAGGGUCGGGACAGAGCAGCUGUUUAGUGACACGCCUUAAACCCGGAGAGGACCUUCGGACCAUCAGAACCCGCAAACCGGACCUUCCCGGUUCUGGUGGCACAAACGUUUAGAAAGCUCCAUCCCGAAACCCUUCAGCCGGAUCACGGAGUACGGAUAGGGCCCGGUUCUGUUGGGUUAAUGACGGUUCCAGAUGCAGAACCCGGUCUAAUCGAACCGACGCCUUUCAUUGAUGAUCUGCUUUAGCUGCUUGUUGGAAUCUACACUCACCCUGGUUCUGACCUGGUCCUGGUCCUGGUUCUGACCCGGUCCUGGGGGUUUGCUCCUUGUUUGUGUUUGUGCCAAAAACAUCUUCAGCUUGUUUAAAUCGUCUCGUUUCAGCUUUUCUGAAGCAGCUCGGAACCGUCUGAGGGAUUAGAACCCGUUCUGACCCAAACACACCUGCUGACUUUAAACGGGUUUCAGCUGCCGGUCCGGUCCGAUCAGCCUUCCCUUUCUGUUCGUCUCAGUCUAAUCCCUCUGACAGGUUCUGGUUCUGCUUGUGAAUGUUAAAUCAGUCGGUUCCUGUAAAAUAACACAAGACUUCAUUAGGGAUUGGGUCGGUCCGGUCCGGUCCAAACCGCAGCUCUGUUCAUGAAACUGCUGAUCUGCUUUUCUAAAGAAACCUCGUCUGUUUCUGCCGCUGCUGAAGUUCUGAUCUCACCUGUAGACCCACCUGUUUAUAUGUUGAUAUCAGCUGGUACCGAUCGACCCAGUCGACCCGUUCUUUUUGUAUAUUACCUGUUCGGUCUCUCUCUGGUUCCGUGGAAAUGUUUAAUGCUCUGUUAGCCGUAGGGUGUUUCUGAGUUCUGUGAUAUGCUGACCGGACCAAACCAGACUACAUUACUGACUCUGUAUCAGUCAUCAACAAACAAGAGGACUUCCACAUCUGGUCCAGAUCUGGUCUACAUCUGGUCCACAUCUGAUCUACAUCUGGUCCAGAUCUGAUCUACAUCUGGUCCACAUCUGGUCCACAUCUGAUCUACAUCUCGUCCACAUCUGAUCUACAUCUGGUCCACAUCUGAUCUACAUCUGGUCCAGAUCUGAUCCACAUCUGGUCCAGAUCUGAUCUACAUCUGGUCCACAUCUGAUCUACAUCUGGUCCAGAUCUGAUCUACAUCUGGUCCACAUCUGAUCUACAUCUGGUCCACAUCUGAUCUACAUCUGGUCCACAUCUGAUCUACAUCUGGUCCACAUCUGAUCUACAUCUGGUCCACAUCUGAUCCACAUCUGGUCCACAUCUGGUCCGCAUGACGGGACUCAAACUCCUGGCAUGUCUCUGAAUCCAAACUGAUUUAAAUCUAGAACAUUCCUGAUCAGAUUUCUGGAGAACACCGUCGCUGUAGCAUUUUUGUUUUCAGAACCCGAUUCCGGAUCAGAGUUCUCUGGUUUUAGUCUGGUUGGCAGCUUUCAGAACCGCUGGAAAUGUCCAGGUUCUACAUUCUAGAAUCUAACCCGUUUGAUCUUCUUCGGUUCUUGUGGAUUCUUCUAGAACCCAUCUGGUCUGGAACUGAUGGGAAACAUUUGGUUUCAGUUCUAAACCGGAUCUUCCUUCCUAAAAUGUGGAUCUCAGAGUACUAGCACACAGGAAUCUGGAAUGUUCUCGUUCGGAAAAGUGAUUCCGGUCAGAAACGUUAAACAUGGAAACAAAACCCUCUGGUUCUGGUUCUGGUUCUGGUCCGUCACCAUGUUUUCAUACAGUGUUAUUUUCAUAGGUUUUAUACGAUGUGCUGGUCUGUGGUUAAACCAGAACAUCUGGGUUCCUCGGCCGGGUUCUACAGUGUUGUGGUUAAACUCUCUUCUCCUUUAAGUUUUAUUAGAAGUUUAUGUUCAUCGUAGGCGAGUUCUGGUUCUGUCCCGCAGCUUUAAACCCAUUGUGUAUCUAGAACUCCUCCUUCAUGCUGGGAUCAUCUGUGAUGUUCUCCAUCUUAUCCUCAUCCAGAUGUUUUUGUUUUAAAAGAUAAAAAUGAAAAUCAAGAUCUGUUUUUAUCAGUGUGGGGAUUCUUUGGAGUUCUAAAACACAUCUGGAUUAGAUCAGUUCUAUCCAUGCCGUCCAUGGAGUGCUCAUCCGUUGUUAAUCCCAAACAGAAACGUUCUGGAAUCUCUGACUUCCUGUUUUGUUUCCUGCUUUUCUAGAAUCCUUAGCUUCCUAUUGGCUGGUGUUUCUGUAUCAAAAUGCUUUUUUAUUUUGAAUAAAAUUUCACAAACAUAA